GAAGUAAACCUUUCCUGCCCCGGAAGUACAACACUGCGGUCGUCCAGGUGUGCGUUCCGCGGGACUGGAGUUUGCUGUCAAGAUGCCGGGAGCUUCGGCGAAAGGCUUGGAAUUGUCCGAGACGAUCGAAAGCUUUGUGGAGACCCUGAAGCGGGGUGGCGGGCAGCGUAGCUCCGAGCACAUGGCUCGGGAGACCCUAGGGUUGCUGCGCCGGAUCAUCACCGACCGCCGCUGGAGUAAUGCUGGGGAGCUGAUGGAGUUGAUUCGCAGAGAGGGCAAGAGGAUGAUGGCCGCACAGCCCUCGGAGACCACCGUGGGAAACAUGGUGCGGAGAGUGCUCAAGAUCAUCCGCGAAGAGUAUGGCAGACUACAUGGACGCAGUGACGAGAGCGAUCAGCAGGAGUCCCUGCACAAACUCUUGACCUCCGGAGGCCUGAGCGAGGAUUUCAGCUUACAUUAUGCUCAGCUUCAGUCCAACAUCAUUGAGGCGAUUAAUGAGUUGCUGGUAGAGCUGGAAGGCACGACAGAGAACAUUGCUGCCCAGGCUCUGGAGCACAUCCACUCCAACGAGGUGAUCAUGACCAUUGGGUUUUCAAGAACAGUAGAGGCUUUCCUUAAAGAGGCUGCUCGAAAGAGGAAGUUCCAUGUUAUUGUGGCAGAGUGUGCACCUUUCUGCCAGGGUCAUGAAAUGGCUGUCAAUUUGUCCAAAGCCGGAAUUGAGACCACUGUCAUGACUGAUGCUGCUAUUUUUGCUGUCAUGUCUAGAGUCAACAAGGUGAUCAUUGGCACGAAGACCAUCCUGGCCAAUGGCGCCCUGAGAGCUGUGACAGGAACUCACACCCUGGCACUGGCCGCGAAACACCAUUCCACCCCACUCAUUGUCUGUGCGCCCAUGUUCAAGCUUUCCCCACAGUUCCCCAAUGAAGAAGAUUCAUUUCACAAGUUCGUGGCUCCUGAAGAAGUCCUCCCUUUUACAGAAGGAGAUAUCCUGGAAAAGGUCAGCGUUCACUGCCCAGUGUUUGACUACGUCCCGCCAGAACUCAUCACCCUGUUUAUCUCCAACAUCGGUGGGAAUGCACCUUCCUACAUCUACCGCCUGAUGAGUGAGCUGUACCAUCCUGACGAUCACGUCCUGUGACCUUCGUUUGUGCUGAGCAGGAAGUGCUCAGGCAGACAGAGCUGGAGGAGACUCAGUGCUGCCGCUGCGGGGUCCUCCCUGCGGCGGACAGCGUCAGCCCGAGAAAGCUGGAUACCAUUUCCGGGCGUCUCGGUCAUCCCAUCACAAGGCUCCCAUCCAUGACUGUUUCUUGCCUUUUGGGGCUUACCAGAGCAGCAGGGCCGAACCUAUUGAUUUUGGAGCCUCUUGGUGACCUGGCCAUGUCUGUUUCAGGAACUUCAACUUUCUGGUUCACUGGUGUGGUAAGCAUAACACUGACUACCUUGCUGGGAUGUGGAUUUUUACGAAGAAGUGGCUCCCACACCUUUCCUACGCUGUGCCAAUAAAAGCUACUGCAAAGUU